GUGUUCAAUUAUCUCGUCGGAAGGAUUAAAAUCGGCGCACUGACUUCCGUUCUCCGACGCGACCAAACUCUCGCGAGAACCUUGCUGCUUCCUCUUCGCUCGGAACCUACUUCCAAGAUGUCUCUGGUCAUUCCUGAGAAGUUCCAGCACAUUCUUCGUGUUCUCAACACGAACAUCGAUGGCAGGAGGAAGAUCGCCUUCGCCAUCACCGCCAUCAAGGGGGUCGGCAGACGCUACGCUCACGUCGUCCUGAGGAAGGCCGACAUCGACCUCAACAAGCGGGCCGGAGAGCUGAGCGACGAUGAGGUCGAGCGCGUGGUGACCAUCAUGCAGAACCCUCGCCAGUACAAAAUCCCCGACUGGUUCCUCAACAGGCAGAAGGACGUCAAGGACGGCAAAUACAGUCAGGUCCUCGCUAACGGGCUGGACAACAAGCUGAGAGAAGAUCUGGAGCGGCUGAAGAAGAUCAGGGCUCACCGGGGGCUCAGGCACUUCUGGGGUCUGCGUGUGCGCGGUCAACACACCAAGACCACCGGCCGCCGCGGGCGCACUGUGGGCGUGUCCAAGAAGAAGUAAACUCCCUGCUUCCCUUUUUGUUUCAAUAAAAAGUUCAAAAUCC